AUGCGCAGCGCUGUAGUGGUAGCCCUGCUGGUGACGUCAGCCCUGUGCCUUCAGAUGACGUCAGCCCAGGAAAAGUUGACGUGCUUUGAGCGUGAGGUUGUGUCCGAGUUGGCGGCGCAGAUCCUGCGCGUGGCCCAGGGACCCUCGGCCUUCGUGGCGGGACCUCACAAGCGCAACUCGGAGCUGAUCAACUCCCUCCUGGGGAUCCCCAAGGUCAUGAACGACGCCGGGAGGAGAUAA